AUGGUCGACCUCACCCGUUCAAACUCGGUCUCCCCCCGCUUUCGCUCCACUCUCUGGUUCCCGCAACACUACGAGGCCCUUCCUCCUCGACCGGAAUCUCGAGACUCAGCUUGGAAGCUCUACCGAGCCCACCGAGUCGUCCGGGUCGCCGCCUCGCUAGGUAACGGCGACUACGCAGUGACUCCGAACGCGGACUUCAUCCCGCCGUUCCCUCCCGGCCCUUCAGAUAGGGAGGACGUGUUCUCCGACGGACGACGCGGCAAGUUUGAGCCAGGAUACCACCCUCAAGCCUGGAACACUUCCAGGGGACACUGGCCCUUCAUGUUCGAGGUGCCCGACGGUGACGAAGGCGCGGACCCCGCCUACGUCACACUGGAGUUCACGAAGAAAGGAACGGGCACCUUCCACGUUCACAAUCAGCAGACGGGAAAGGGAUCCCCGACGGCGACCUUUGCUCAGGCCUUGCAGGUCCUCUACGACGCGGAGGUGACGCGCGCCGAAUCGUUCUUCGCGCGGGAUAGCAACCCGCCCCAAUCUUUAGUCUUGCGCCCGGCUGCCGUUCGAGAGGCGCUCUACCAGUUCCCCGUUGAACUAACGGAUCUUUUCUCCGCUCGGAAGAAAGCCGCCCUCAUCCAACACCACCUUAGGGAACUUCGCGCCUACUCCUACCACGCUUACCUACAGGAGUCACUAGAAAAUGGCAAGAUGUCCUUCCCCAGCGCCGAGACGAUGGGAGUAGGAUGUUGGAUCCGGGAGGGAAAUGAGGAACUCCUCAAGAGCCUGUCCUGGUUCGGCAUUCGAGUAUGGUACGUGCGUCGAUCACCGGUCCCCUUCCCUAGCUCCCUGCGACCAGUACGAGGACUCGACCCUCGCUUAUCAAGGGAAGGUUGGGACGAAGAGAUUCACGACCACAAGCCAUACGUGGGGAAGCGAGGAAGGAAACGUCUUGCAGAAAUCGAGGCAGAGCUUCGCGCCGAUGAGGACUCCGACUUCGACUGGGACGACCCCGAAGAUCUACCUGUCCCUUCCAAUCCUCCCUUCAUCCCGGGCCCUUCCAAGCCCCUCAAGCGCGCGGCGGCGGCUCUGGUCGCCUCGUUCGUACCAUCCAUCCCAUCCUUCCCGGACCCGGAUGAAGAAGGGUGGAAUAACAGCCCGGCCGUCGAACCAGCCGCCCCGUCCUCCCCUCCUCGGCCUUCGUCGCCGCCGAGCUCUCUCUCCCCCUCGCCGUACGCACUCUCCCCAUCUUUGUCGCUCGCCCCCUUCAUCUCACCAUCGUCGCCGACCCCCGUCUCCUAUGACGCGCUUUCCCCGCCGCUCCCCUCGAUCCUGCUCCCCGAGGGAGAGAAGACAAUACGAGCGACCGCGCGGUCGUCAGCCGUCGCCUCGUCAAAUCUCUUCCCCGUCACGCCGCGAGCCGCGCGUCCUAUCACGCUCGCCUCCUCCGUAUCGACGAGAGUACGGCGGCGCUUACCGGCAGGUCCACGACGUCAACCCGGGUCGUUCCCUGGUCAGACCCCGGCGAGCAAGCCCAACCUUCCGUCGACGUUCGCGAAGUCCCGCGUCGUCGACCGGUUGCCCCCCGGUCAACCGAGGCCGGUCACCCCUACGGCCCCCUGCCUCGCCGCCCCGCGUGCUCAGAGAAACGCACGAAGAACGUCAGUCGCUCGUCGAUCGGAUCGCCCCUGA